CUCUCGCGUUGAUCCACGCCACAAGUGUUCGUGGCGUGCUCGCGCGAGGAUCUUCUCGUUUUUAAAUAGUAAAACCGGCGGCGCGAAAGAAAACAAUUUUUCUUUUUUUUCCUCCCCCACAUUAUAACACAAAAAUAGCGUGUGUUACAAAAAAAGAUCGUUACAAUUUUUUUUUUUGUAUUCAAAUUGUGUGUGUGUGUGUGUAUUUUUUCUCCUUAAAAUCAAAAAAAAAAGGAAACCAUAAUUCGUGAUUUGAAAAAAAAAAUUACGUCGAGGAAAAAAAAAUAAAUAAAUUGUUUCCAUCCCGGGGAAAUUGACAAAUCCAAGUGGGUUGAAAAGAGAGUGCGCGCAUGUCGGAGCCCAAGGGAUAAAUAAGGCUCUAGUCGGUCGCGCGAGGAAGAAAAGAGGAUUUUAAGAAAAGGAUUUCUGGCCAAAUCGAGAGAGAAAGAGAGAGAGAGAGAGGUGGUAAUUUGAGAAAGAAGCCCGAUCAAGCAGAAUAUACGAUAGGGAGUGUCAAGUCAUCUAGAAAGGGAAUCACCGUAUAGAGAAAAGCUAAACUUGAACGAGCGCAAACAAUGGCUGGUUAGUUUCGAUGGGUUCAUAGUAUAUUAUAUUAUAUACUCUCGGGUAUUUGUGAUAUUAUAAAGAUUGCCCCCGCACAAGAGAUAACGAAACGGCAGGAAGGGAUCGUCGUCGUUGUCGUCGUAGGGGAGAUCAUAUAUCGCCAUAGCUAAUCGUACCACCCAAGGUGGCACAGAUUGAGAGCCCCAUCAACACAACAUCCUCUUCUACGACAGGUCUGAUAAAAAAAAAACUGCACCAAAGCCACGGAUACUAUCAUCGCACUCCAAUCAUCAACGAUUGUGUGUUCGUCGUCUACCAACUCGACAGUAAGAGAGAGAGAGAGUAUUAUCAUUGUUGGUAGCGAGCGCCAUUUUUUUUUUAAAGCUCGUCGUCGCACGUCCCCAUUAGUGAACGCCGCACGGCACUUCCGGUGAACCGGAAGUCACAGUCCAUGUGAACGGGCUCAGAGCGUCUCGUCAGGAUCCGCGGAAAUAAACAUGGAAAUCGCCACUGAGUUAUCACCAUUGUCGGGAGUUGACGGUCAGGAGAGGAAAGAUGAAAGAAAAUCCUAUUACCCACAGGAGCCAAGUAGGCUACCAAGAACAAGAAGACAAAAAAUGGUUUCAUGUUUAUCGCACAAUGCAUUAACAUUACUCACAGUUAUUGGUGUUGUUGGAGGUGUUGUUUUGGGAAUAUCGUUAAAAGCAAGUCGCGAAAAAUGGACACAAAGAGAACGAAUGUACGUUAAUUAUGCUGGGGAAUUAUUUUUGCGAAUGUUAAAAGGUUUAAUUCUACCACUAAUAAUGUCAAGUUUGAUCUCAGCUAUUGGAUCUCUAGAUCUUUCACUAAGCGGAAGAAUAGGAAGUCGUGCAGUAGUUUAUUAUUUUGUUACUACCAUCAGUGCUGUAAUUUUGGGUAUAAUUUUGGUAAUUAGUAUUCGACCUGGAGGUGGUGAUCUUGUGCUUGACGCAGUUGCCGAUAGCAGUGAACAACGUAAUGUUACAACUCCUGACACAUUAUUAGAUUUAAUUCGAAAUAUGUUUCCACCGAAUUUAGUUGAAGCUUGCAUUUCGCAAUAUAGAACGGGAAUAUAUUAUGAUCCAGAUCCAGUGAAAAAUCAAUCAGCAACUGAUAAAUUUACGUGGACGCUAAAAGAUGAGUCAGCGAAUGGGACAAAUAUUUUGGGCCUUGUCGUAUUUUCGGCAAUUCUAGGCAUAACUUUAGGUAAAAUGGGUGAUCCCGGAAAGCCAUUGUUAUACUUUUUCGAAGCUCUUUCAUCAGCUAUGAUGAUUAUAACAAACUGGGUCGUUUGGUUAUCUCCAUUGGGAGUACUUUUUCUAGUAGCUGCAAGAAUAAUUGAAAUUGAAUCAAUUGAAACAACAGUGCGACAAUUGGGAAUGUAUUUUAUAACUGUUUUAAUUGGAUUAUGCAUUCAUGGAUUUGUAAUAUUGCCGACAAUAUUUUUUAUGCUAACAAAAAGAAAUCCAUUGAUUUAUGUAUCAAAUAUGGCGCAAGCAUUAGUAACGGCAUUUGGAACAUCAUCGAGUUCAGCAACACUUCCAGUUGCAAUUGGUUGCCUAGAGGAUAGAAAUGGAAUUGACUCGAGAGUUACGCGUUUUGUAAUGCCGAUAGGAGCAACGAUCAAUAUGGACGGUACUGCUCUAUAUGAGGCUGUGGCUGCUAUCUUCAUUUCGCAAACGCUUAAACAGGAUUUGAGCCUCGGUCAAAUUGUGGCUGUUAGUAUCACUGCAACUGCUGCGAGUAUUGGUGCAGCAGGAAUCCCGCAGGCGGGAUUGGUAACAAUGGUUAUGGUAUUGGAUACAGUAGGAAUUGAUGCUAAAAAUGUUGCCACAAUUUUAGCCGUUGAUUGGCUAUUAGACCGAUGUAGAACGACUGUAAAUGUACUCGGUGAUUCAUUAGGAGCAGGAAUAGUGAAUCAUUUAAGUAGAAAUGAAUUAGCUGCAUUACCACGAGUGGAUAAAAUGACAUCCGAUCAUCAUGCCACUUCGAUAUGAGCUUACUGAGAAAAAAUUAAAUCCGCGAUUAUAACGCCUUGCGUGUUCGACACACAUUUUCGCUUAAUAAUAUUCAAAUUUUGGAUAUUCGGCAAUGUUUUAUGAGAAACGCAAAAAAGAAAAAAAAAGAAAAUCAGAAUCAUUAAUCUUUCGGAACAUGAAUAUUAUAAGAGAAGCAUAUCAAAUUGUAUAUGCGCGCAAAGAUUUAUGUGAUAAUUUUUAGUUCCGUCAACUUACAAAAAAAAAAAAAAAUAAUAAGCAAAAAACAAAAAAAAAGAGCUUUAUUUUGAGGACAUACUACUGCACAAACUAUUUUCUUAUUGGAUAAUAAAUUAUUUUGUUGUUGGGGCGACUUUACAAAAUACGUUUAAUUAAACAAAAUAGAUGUGUAUUUUAUUCCUUCUUGGCCGGUACAAGAUGGCUUUACGUAUUUUCCUAAUAUCGAAUUUAUUUAAAAAGAAAAAGAAAUUAACGAUUAAUUUAAUUUUAUAAUUUAAAAACGAAAAAAAAAACACGAACAAUAAUCCAUGAUAUAAUAUAAUAAUGUGCAAGAGAGAAGAAAAUUCUUAGCUCAUUAUAUAUAAUAAUUACUCGAGUGUUCAAGUACAUUGAAAAUCAAAAGUCUGCACAGACAAUAAAAAAAAAAUAAUAAUAAUAAUACUCAAUUCUAAGAGUACUUCAUUUUUGAAAUGAGCGAAUUUUAUUUAAACAUACACUAAAAUUUUUCUUUAAUUUAAUAUAAAUUGCGUCUAAAGUCAUUUCCAUAAUCAAGAAAAUUUUUUAAAUUCUUUAAGAAAAUUAAUAUUAUUUUUAUAAUUAAGAUAAUUUGAAAUUUUUGUUAAAAAAAAAAAAUAAUUUUAAUAAAUAAAUUAGAUGAUUUAUUCUUCUAAAUAAUUAUUUAUCUUAAUUCAUGAAAGUGACUUGUGAUAGGCUUUAUAUAUAUUAAAUUUAAUAAAAAAUUUUCUAAAAAUGUGCACCACAGUUUGAUACGAAACUUCGAAAAAAGAAAAAAAUUAUAGAAAAAAAAAAAAAAUUGCAAAACCAUAAAUUUUUCCCUGUCGAAUUAUAUAAUUGCAUUAGCUCAAAUAAAUAAAUGGAACAAUGAUGAUUAUAUCAAAAAAAAAAAAAGAAAAAAAAAAAAUAUUGUAAACGAACAGAAAGAUCGCUGCCAAAGUACUCGUAUACAUAAAUAUUAUACUUCGUUAGUCGUCACGAGUUUUCGAUACUCGCUCGAAAUAUCGAAUAUAGUGAUAUAAAUGUAUGAGCAAUUAUUUGCUCAUUAGCCACUAAAAAAAUAAUCUCUUUAUUAAACUAAAACUGAAAAAAAAACAAAAACAAAAAAAUAUGAAAAUAAAACGCGAAACAAAAAAACUAUUAAGUGUUCUAGCCAACUCUCUCAUUGUACAUGUACUCGUUAUUGUCUUCUAGGUAUCAGUCAUUGUUGUAAUGAUUUAGAUCACACAAAGCAUAAAAGAUUCAAAUAGAAACUAUAUAAUAUAUAUAUAUAUAUUAUAGAGAUAAUAAAUUUUGUCCCUAAGAUAUAGUCUAUGUAAUGUUAAUGUGAGAAAAUACUUACGAAUGCAAGUACUGUACAUUAAGAAAAAAAACGAUUGUUACAUUUGCAAAUUUUUGAGUAAUAAUUCUCAAUUUUUUUUUUUUUUAUUAUUAAUGAUUCAUUUUUCCUUAUAAUUUUAGGUAACUGCGCUCAACAAUUUUUAAAAAACUUUAUUCCAUCCUGUUUGUCUUUUUCUUUUUCAAAUUAAUUAAGUAAAAAUUUUAUUUGCGACAAAUAAAAUUUUAUUUGUGCUAAAUAAAAUUUUUUAUUUCAAACAAAUAAAAAGUUAUUAGACUUUGAGAUAAAUAUAUUUUUAAUAGAUUAAAAUAAAUUUUAUUUAAAUAAAUAAAUAUAUAAGAAAUAUAUAAGAAAUAAAACAUUUCUCAGUGUGAAAAUACCGAUGAAGAAAAAAUUUCUUUGAUUCAAAUAAUCGGUUACUUGACUAAAAUAAAUAUUUACUUGAACCAAAUAAUUGUUAUUUGAGUCAAUUAAAUGUUAUUUGUUUCAAAUAUAGAAAUUAUUGGUAUUACAGUUUAUUUAAUUCAAUUAUUUGGUUUCAAAAAUUAUUUGCUAAAUAUUUAUUUGAAGAACAAGUAUAUAUAUAUAUCUAAUUAUUUGAAUCAAAUAAAUUUUUUUCAGUAUAUUAAUAAUUUAAUAUAAUUUAAUCAUUUAUAAUUAAUAAGAUGGAAAAGUUGUUAAUAUGGUUUUUUAAUUUAAAAAUUCAUAUCAAAUUAAAUUUAGAAACAAAUAUUGUUGCAGUUACCUAAAAAAAAAAAAAAAAAAAUCAAAUUUUGUGAAUCCUUGUUGACAAUGAGAAAAAAGCAACACCACAUGACAAUUUAAUGCUCGAGACACGGAUUAUUCUCGCAAUUAUUUAUUUAUAUAUUAAUAGUUUAAUAAAUAAAUAAAAUAAUUUUAAGAGACUUUUAAAUAAAUAAAAAAUGUAACUAAAUCUAAUAUUGAAUUAUGUUUAAAUAAGCAAUAAUAAAACAAAAUUUUCAUUAUUUAUACAAUAGAACUUUAAUUAAAUUUGAAAAUUAUUAAUUGAAACCAUUCAAUUGCAAAAUUAAUUAAAUAUUUCAUUACAAAAAAAAUAUAUUUAAGUCCAAAUUAGGAAAACCAAAAAAAAAAUUUAUUUUUAAAAAAUGAAUUUUUUGUGUCUCAAUCGUAUAAUUUAUAAAUAAAGGUGGUAAAAUAGAAACGCUUUUUUUAUAUAUAAAAGAGUUACAAAAGUCUUUUAAUUGUUAGAGACAUUUGGGAGUUUUGUGGUAAUUGAUGAACCUGACAUCAGAGAGAGAGAGAGAGAGAGAGAACAAUUAAUCUAUUGUAUAUUCGUGUCGUGGUCAGAAUAUUGAUUGAAUUUGACCGAGAGGAGUUUAGUCGACAAUGGAGGAUCUAAUUAAUCGUACCUGGGCCAAAAUGAAAGCACCACCGCACACAAUCAAACAGAAAGUAAAAUGUGUAUUGUAUAUACAACGAAGGAACCAAAUUCACAAUUAAAUAGAAAAUAGUGCCAUAUAACAAAAAAAAAAAAUAAAUAAGAAGCUCAAAGACAUUGCAAAUAUUUUAGUUUUUAUCCGUUUUACUAAUAAAAGAAGAUUAAAGACUAGUGUGAGCAUCACAUAAAAUUCAUUAAUAAAAAUAAAAAAAAUAAUCAUAAUAAAAAUAAUACAAUUUAAAAAAAAAAAUUUUUCUAUGUUAAAUAAAUUUUAUUUCUAUUUUAAAAAAUUUAUAAUUAUAUAGUAAUUUGAAAUGAAAAAUAGUAAAAGUAAAGAAAAAUUUUUUUUUCGUAAAAAAAAAAUAGAAAAACAUUUUUAUGAAUGCUCGCACUAAUGUGUUUAUCUACUUUGAGAUUCAGGUGCUGAGAAUUUUUUUUCUAACAUUUUCAGUUUUGUAAGGCUACUUAGGGUACCUUUGCUACUCAAUUAUUGCCAAUGUGUUUUCAGUGUACAUAUAGUGUACAAGCAAAUCUAUGUAUAAGUUUCAUAGUCAUAUACAAAAAAAAAAAAAAUAAAAACAGGCCCUAAUUUUUAGAUUAUAAAACUAGGUAAUAUUUAAUAACGUAAUAUUUACCAUAUCGAUAUUAAACGUUUCAUAUCGAAAAAAAAAGUUUUUUUUUUUCAAAUUUAAUUAAAAUUUUUCACCUUAGGCCUCAAAAAAAAAAAAAAUUUUUGUUUUCUUUUAAUUCAAAAUUUAAUCACCAUUCGAUAAUACUUAAUAUUAUUAAUUGCAAUCUAAAAUGUAAAAUAAAUAUUUCAUUCAAUUCGACAAUAAAAGCCACUAAUUAACUAAUUCAUAGCAAAAACACAGUCACUAAUUCAAAUUGAAAAACAAAUUUAUAGAGUAAUUCAGUAAAAAAAAACAUUCAAACUUUUCUAUAAAUAUAAUUUUAUCAAAAUUUUAAUAAAAAGGAAAAUUUUACAAAAAUAUUUAUUCAAAUUUUAAAAAUGUCUAUAUAUAUAUAUAUAUAAUAUUUAGAAAAAAUUAAUUAUCUCAUUUUAGGUGAAUGUACAAUAAUUUUUUUAUAUUCUGUUUUGAAGACUUUAAAAAAAAGAGAAGAAAAUAAACUAUAUCCUUGCCAAGAAAAGCUCUCCUAUCGAUUAUCAAUUUCAAUCGAUAAGGAAAGUUACCAAAAAAUAAUGAAAGUAAUAGUUAUAAUAAUAUUGAUAAUAAAUGUAAUAUUUAAUAUACUUAUAUGUAUUCAAAAAAAAAAAAAAAACGUGUUCUUGUCGAAUUUCAACCUAACUCUCGUUAAACAAUAUUGUCCAUUACGAAAAAAAAAAUAUCUACAUAUUGUUUUACAUAUCAGUAAUUCUGCAAAAACAACAAAUUGAUAGUAAUGAAAAAAGAUUUUUCCUUGAAAGUUAAAUGCAUUUUAGAAAGAAAAAAAAUUAGUUUGAGAAAUAGUUUAUAGAUAAUAUAUAUGUAAUAUAAACAUUAUAUAUAAUGUAUUAUUAUUAUUAUUAUACAAAAAUAAGCAGUAUAUUAAAAAUAUACAAAUAUAUAGUUAAAAAUAGUAUACAGUAUAUUAUCAAAAAAAAUAUACAGUAUACAAAAAGAAAAGUUGAACCGAAAGUAUAAAGACGAAUUUUCAAAGAGGCCAUAGGAAGAAAAAUUAUAAUAAGAAAAAAUAUAAAAAUAAAUGAAAAAAAAACUAAUGAAAAAUCAAUGAUUUUUCUUUAUGAUAAUAUGGCUUCUGUCCUUUCGUCUAAAAAUAUCAAAUUAUCAAAAGUUUAAUAAAAUAAAUAAAUAAAAAAAUUCCUUGACAAUACUAGAUACAUAGUCGAUUAAUCGUCUAUGAGAUUAUAUUUCCUAAAAAGAUUUUUAAAAAUAUUUAUUGACUUGUAAAAUCACGUCUGAGACGUGACUGAUGGAAUAACGUACUAAUGUACUUUAAAACAAAAAACAUAUAUAGAAUGGAUAGUUCGAUAUAAUACGUAAAAAAAAUUAUUAUUAAAAAAAGAAAUAAUACGAUUGCAAAGCGAUCUUUUUAUCAGGCGUUUGGAGAAAUUUUAAAAAUGCAGUUUGAUGGAAAAAUACUUAUUUAUGAGCUUUUCUCUCUCAUUAAUUUUUCUAAUUAAUACGAAAUUAUCCAAAUUUUAUAGCUCUUGUCUAACUAAAACUGAUUUUUUAAUUUUUUCAUUUUCAUUUUCUUACUACUGAUUUUCAAUUCUAUAAGAAACUACACUAAUAUUAUUUUAUUAUUAUUACAUUGUGUCUGGCUGUAACUGUCUUUUACUACUAAUACCGAUUUUAAAAAAAAAAUUUAGACAAUUUUUAAUGUCUGUCUAAAAUUGACUUUAACUACUAUUAUCGAAAUUAUAUAAUUUUAUUAAAAUGUCUGACUGUAACUGUUUUGUACUACUUAUUUCUAAUUUACAAGAAUUUAGAUUGUUUGACACAUAUUUUUAUUACAUAUUUCAAAAUUGCAUUCUGUUUGACCAAAACUGACGUUUACUACUUAUUUUUAAUUUUCGACAAUUUUUUAUUAUAUCUGACUAAGACUGUCCUUUACUACUGAAUUCUAAUUUUCAAGAAUUUUUUAUUAUGCCUAAGACUGGCUUUUACUACUGAUCUCGAAUUUUCCAAAAUAAUUGAAAUAGUUUGAAAGUUAUUGACUUUUCCUACUUUUGGUCAAAAUUACUAACUAUCCGUCUGACUAAAACUUUGCUUUACUACUAACACUUUAAUUAUAUAUAAUUUUAAAAAAAAUUGUCUGCCUACAAUUGACUAUUACUACUUUUUUCAAUAUUUUCAAAUCAUAAAAAUUCUGUCCGAAUGUAACUGACUUUUACUACUGUUGUCCUAAUUACAAAAAUUCUGUCUAGAAAAUUUACUACUGAAACAAAAUUUACAUGAAUUCGGAAAUAUUUUUUUUAUAACUGUAUAUCAAUUUUACUACAACAAAUAAAAAAAAAAAAAAUAACUUUCAACUUUUUGUCUGGCUAUAACUGACUUUUACUACUGUUGCUAAUAUUACACAAUUUUUCAAAUGGAAUUAAUUUCUUUUUUUUUAAUUUUUAAUAAAUAUGUAAUUAAUUGGUAAAUAAUUUAUAAUUAAAAUUUUCUAUUAAGAGGGAAAAGUGAAAAAAAAAUAUUUUUACACCAAGCUGUCUUCUUUUUUUUUUACUGAAAAGGAUUUUUUUUUAUUUUUUAAUGUUUAUGAAGAUAAUAAUUAUUAAUCUCUAUAUUAAUCGCACUUAUCAUCAAAAUCCAAAUCAUCUAUUUCUAUCUAAAUUUUGUAUUACUGAGAAAAUUUUUUUCCCUAAAAUGACACAAAGUAACAAUAAAAAAAUAAGUUUAUAAUUAUUUUAAUUAACUAAUUAUUUUGUUAAGCUAACUUAAUAAUUCUUUUUAUUUUCAAGUAAACAGUGCCAAAUAAAAUUCAAUAAAUUAUUUAUAAAUUAAUAAAGAAAUAUAAAUAUAAUUAAUUAAUAAAGGAAAAUUGAUUAUUUAGUUUAAUUAAUUGAUUAUUAAAUUAUAAUUUUAUUUGGUACAAUAAAUAAAUGAAAGUUAUAUUAACUUUCGAUAAAUUUAACUUUUGAAUAAUAAAUAAGUUAACUUAUUUAUAAUAUAAAUUAAUAUAUAUAUAUAAUUAACUUGCAUUCAUAUCGAGUACCGAAUACGCCAUAAUUUUUGCUUCUUGCUAUGUAUACUAUAGAAAUGUCAAAAAAAAAAAAAAAAAAAGAUUUUUGUCAAAAUAGAAAAAUAAAAUGCGAUCCCUAAUUUAGAUUAUUAUCGACAUAUGUAUUAACAUAAUGAAUUAAUGUACAGUUGGUAAUUGUUAAAUAUAAUCAGUUUUAACAAAAUAUGUAGCAAAUGUGUUAUAUGACCGUAAAACAAACAAUGGCGACGCGUAAUCAUCUUGCCACUUGUAUAUCUAAGACGUUAAAAAAAAAAUGAAAUAUUACAUGGAAAGUCGUUGUACCAAUUAACUGUAACCAACUGAUUGACCGGAAUAAAGAUAUUUAAACAAUUCA